AUGUUCUCCCAGGAAAUACAGAGGAUCGACCUGGAAGCCAGCCGCACCUUCACAAACCACAUCAUGUUUCGGGAGCGCCAUGGCAUCGAGCAGCAGGCCUUACUCCACCUGCCGGUGGCCUGUCUGUGCAUGACACAGAAUGACCACAGGAGUGGAAACAAACUGGCCGUUCAGUGCUUUAAGGAGACCCCGUUCGGCCUCACCCUGAGACUUUGGGAUGUCUGUUUACUGGAGGGCGAGCAUUUGCUUGCAGCUGUGGCCUGCGCCACCUUAGAGGUUCACAGAAAACACCUCCAGAAGCUGCCCCUGGAAGACACGCAUGGGUUUCUGCAUGACCAGCUGUCUGUGGACUGGGUCCUAGAUGAUGACAAUGAGGUGCUAAGGCACCUUCAGGCCCCCAUGGCAGAACUACAUCGAGUUAAGUGUGACCUGCCCCCACCCCCCGAUUGCAGGAAUGUCCUCAGUGUCAGGCCAGGGAGGCCACGCAGCAACCAGGAGCACUCCAGGGACCCAGGUCCAUGGGGCCUGUCCCAGAAGGACCAGAUAGGCUCUGUGUGGAAGCUGACCACAUCUGCUUUCCUUUCAGCAGCACCUGAGGAGUUUCCGAGGAAGGCCCUGAGCCUGGAGCUGGUGUCCCCAGCACCCAGCCCUCGGCUGGCCUUCCUCAGUGUGGAGACCCUUCCCAAGAACAAGGUGCUGGCCCUCUCUGGCCCCCCAGCACAGGGCCAGCAGCUUCGGGAGGCUGAGGCCCAGUGGCAGGAGGGGACCUCCGCAGAGCCCAGGGCUGUGACUCUGUCACUGGGGCCAUAG